GACUUGUCUUCUGAUACCCUGCAGUCUUUGGUCUGGGUGUGGACUUCAGCUGAUCGACGCGUACCUAGCGCGUUUGGUCCUGACAUCAUCAGCUCCACCAAAAAUCAUCCCAUCAUCGACAACUUGCGAGCCGCAUCGCAAAGUGACACAUGCAUCGGCAUUGGUACCUGCAUAUGGGCGUGUUUGACAAAACAUAACAUCACCAUGUCGUCGGUGCUAUAUUUCAAUCCAAUUUCCAUAUCCACUGUUUCUUUCCCAUUAAACAGUGACUGACCACAACAAAUCCUUCAUUGCCCUUCAAAUACUCCCAUACUCAUUCGAGAAGCUAACCCCCUGACAUCUCUUUCUCCAAAAUCUCAUCAUAAUGUCUUUCCUCCUUCGAUCCUCCCGCCUCACGGCACCCGCACUCGCCCGCUUCACCACGCCCGUCUCCCAACGCGCCUUCAGCACAACCCUCCGAGCAGCUGUCGCCAUCGACUCCACCAUCCUCUCCCAGAUCACCGCUGCGGAAAAGACGCUCACCAACAAGGACGGGCCCACGCCCAACGGCCCCACAGCCCGCGCCCAGAAGCACGUCGGCCAGCAGCUCACCGCCCAGAUCAUCAGCGAGAUCACCGACGCCGAGAGGGAGAUCACUGGCUCGGACCAGCCAGCCAAGGGCGGCCCGACGGCGGUUGCGCAGAGCAUACUGACGAGCGAGGGGGGUGUUGGGGGGAACAACAAUGCCAACAACAAUGCCAACUCCAACAACAACUCAAGCCCAAGCUCCACCAACAACACCCAACACACCGGCACCCUCGACUCCUCCACCCUUCACGAAAUCACCAAAGCCGAAUCCAAAAUCACCGGCCAAACAGAGCCCGUGGCAGGCGGCCCCACCGCGCGCGCCCAGCAGCACGCCAACGAGCCCAUUACCAGCCAGGCGCUGCACGACAUCACCGAGGGCGAGAAGAAGGUCACGGGCGGCGAGCGGGUGAAGGGCGGGCCGACGGCGGCGGCGCAGAGCGAGUUGGGUAAGAGCCGGAACUAGGGUGUUAAGGGUGUAUGAUAUGUUGGAUUGAGGAAGUUGGUGUAUGAUAUGAGAGCGCAGUGAUUCGAUGGCGUGAUGGGGUUGAUGUAAGCAAGUGGUUGUUUUUACGCUGAGUAUGGUGGCUACGGCAUAGGCG